AUAUAUCGAUGCGAUAAACGUUUGCAGUGGCUUUUUGUUGUUUAUUUCGUUGGCGUAAUUUUUAUUUUAAAAAUUAAUUAUUUUGCAUUAAAAUAUAAUGUCCGAUGACGACGAUAUCCAGUACAUAAAGCGGCAGCGCACCUUGCAUUAUGGCUCGCUGGAAGAAACAGAACGCAAGCGGCAAACCGCCGCGGCGUCCUCUGUUGCCGGCACAACGCCGGCAGCAGUAACAACAACUACCGCCCAACUGGAAGACAUUGAUUCGGACGAGGACUAUGAGGAAUCUAACAAAAAGUCCAAUGCGACAAAAGUCGCCAUGCCACCGCCCACAGCCGCGUCGCUUGCUAACAAAAUAGACGAUGACUACUUCGAUCUGGAGGGCGAGAUGGAGCGCGACAAGGUGGCGCUCCUGGAGGAGUUCGAGCGAAAGAAGCGCGCUCGCCAAAUAAACGUAUCCACAGACGAUUCCGAGAUUAAGAACAAUCUUCGGCAGUUAAACGAGCCAAUUUGCUACUUUGGUGAGGGCCCAGCGGAGCGACGCAGACGCCUCAAGGAGCUGCUCGCCAGCCUGGGCGAGAAUGCCAUCAAGCAAAAGCAAACCGAGGAGGAGGAGCGCAAGUUGCAGCAAAGAGAGCAGGAGGCUACCUGGUACCACGAGGGACCCGAAACACUGCGUGUGGCGCGCCUUUGGCUCGCCGACUACUCCCUGCCACGUGCUCGCGAUCGUCUGGAGCGUGCUCGGGAGGCGCUCGAAGUGCCCAGCGCCACGCGAGCCGGUCGCAUGGUGGAAAUGCAAAAGAAGCUACAAUCCCUAGCGCCGCUGUGCUCGCAGGUGGGCGAUACGCGGCCCGUCAGCAGCGCUGCAUUCAACGAGGACUCCUCCCUUCUGAUGACGGCCUCAUGGUCGGGCCUGUGUAAGCUAUGGAGCGUGCCCGACUGCGAGCUGAAGCAAACGCUGCGCGGUCAUGCCAGCUACGUGGGCGGCGUGGCGCUGCGGCCGGGCGUCAAGCUAGACGAGCAGAAUGUAGUGGCCAUGGCCUCGGGCGGGCACGACGGUGCCGUCAAAUUGUGGGGCUUUGGCAACGAGGAGUCCAUCGCUGACAUAACGGGACACAUGCCGCACCGCGUAUCAAAGGUGUCGUUUCAUCCAUCGGGCCGUUUUCUGGCCACCGCUUGCUAUGAUUCCUCGUGGCGUCUGUGGGAUCUGGAGCAGAAGACUGAGGUGCUGCAUCAGGAGGGACACGCCAAGCCGGUGCACUGCCUCAGCUAUCAAUCGGAUGGCAGUGUCCUGGUCACCGGCGGGCUGGAUGCUUUCGGACGUGUUUGGGACCUGCGCACAGGACGUUGCAUCAUGUUCCUCGAGGGCCAUUUGGGCGCCAUAUUCGGCGUAGACUUCUCGCCCAAUGGCUUUCAUAUAGCCACCGGCUCGCAGGACAACACCUGCAAGAUCUGGGACCUGCGUCGUCGCCAGCCCGUCUACACCAUACCAGCGCACACAAAUCUCAUAUCGGACGUGAAGUACCAGCAGGAUGGCGGCAGCUUUCUGGUCACCUGCUCCUACGAUUCGACAACGAAGAUCUGGUCGAACAAGACGUGGCAGCCGCUCAAGACACUGCAGGGCCACGACAACAAGGUCAUUUCCGUCGACGUCUCCCCCAACUCGCAGUACAUAGCGACCACCUCGUUCGAUCGCACCUUCAAGCUGUGGGCGUCGGAUAGUUGAUUUCCAUACAUACAUACAUGCUAUAUAUGAUGCAUACAUCGGCUGCUUAUAGCCCCGAUUUGUUAUAAGCUCAAUUUGUAUUUACUGUUUUCGUUGAAACACAAUAGCCCAAACGUUUUUUUCAAUCUUUCACCUUUCAGUUUUAUAACACAAUUUGUUAUUUUAGUUAGGCGAAACAAUGCAUUUCGUACGUUUAAGACUUUUGUAUAGAAAUUGUUAAUAAAAAAAAAA